AUGGAGUCCACCACCGCAGCCCAGCAGCAUGUGCCCGCACGUUUUACAGGCCCCGGUGGAGCGCAAGGCACCCGGAAGCUACGUGAGAGCUGCAUUUCCUGCUCCAGAUCCAAAGUGAAAUGCGACAAGGAGAAGCCCACAUGUGGUCGAUGCGUCCGACGUGGCCUCCCUUGCGAGUAUAUGGUAUCCCGACGCACCGGCCGCACUCGAGUCAUUGGCGUUGAGAGGCCACCGACGACCACAGCAGCGACAACGACGACGACGGGGACGGCGACGGCGACGAGAGGGACAAUGACAGUUGACUGUUCCCUUGCUACGACCACCGUGAACCAUACGAGCCCGCCUCAUCGAGCAGGCACCGGCAGCACCGCAGCGCCUUCUCAACAAGCCCUACCAGCCGUAACGACCCAGACUCCAGCUAUCAUAGCCAGGGCUUCACCCAAGCCGACACAUCUCCAGUCUCCGCCGAGCGACACUGAGCUGUGGAACUCAAUUCUCUCCCCGAAUGCAUCCAGCUCCACCGAUCUCUCGUCCCUCCUUUCCGUAAACACCGAUAUCACGCAGCUGUUUGCCUCCCUGUCUCCUUCGCAGCUCGAUGGCCCCGAUGCCAUGGAUACCGACCUGCAUGCGCAUGUUUUGGGCGAGAUAUCGGUCGCCGAUCCAUCCUCUCUCAUGCACGAGUUGGAGGGUCCAGAGCGUCCCCCGCUGCCCGACUCUAUAGCGAAGAGCCACCCUUGUUGUUUGGCACUCUGCUUGGACAUUCUUUUGCGAUUGUUCCCGAAUGCACAAGCCAGCUGCGAGCGGCCUGGUAGUCAGGACGGGUCUGGGAGGUUCUGCACGAUUGAGUCCGUCAUUGAGGACAACAAGCAGAUCAUAGACACGGUCCAGACCGUCCUAGAAUGUCGCUGUGCGGAGGACGAGUACGUCGCCACCCUGGUCUCUCUCAUUGUCUUCAAGGUCAUGGGGUGGUAUCUCGCCGUCGCUCGAGAUCGGUCGUUGGAGCCCAUACGGGAUGACGAUUUCAGCUGGGGGAGUGGAGGGAGCAGUGGUUCAGAUACUCGUCGGCACUCCGCCUCGUCGUUCGAGGAGCAAGUGCUGCAUCUACCCACUAUUGUCGGUGGCUACUGCGUCGAUGGUCACCACCAAAGUCGGAUGGCGGCCCAGUUGGUGCUGAGUGAGCUAUACCGCGUACAGCGUCUAGUCACCCUGGUGGGACGUCGACUAGAAGCCAUCCGACACCGUUCCCUCAACGCUGAUUCCACCGGCACCUCCAGUUCCGCCUCAAGCAGUGUGCCAGAUUCAGGGGGCGGGCUGUCAGGGCUGGGCAGAAUCCCAGCGGUGCCCUUGUCGUCCACCACGUUGUCUCACCUGGAGGACGACUUGCGCAAGCGACUGCGCGCCGUCUCGUCGGAGACUAUCAGCAUUCUCCGACAAGCUUGA